GUCAGCACCACAAGAAACCUGCACCAGCGCACAAACAAGAAAAAGAAACAAGUUUGGUCUUACAUCCCGGCGUCACGAAACGCGACGCUCGUCGUGCUGUUCGUGAGCAAACCUCUGAAUCGGCGUCAUGAUUAGCACAGUCACAGUUGAAGCUCACUACUCAACCAACUACAUCGAGAACUACCUCGAUUCGGUGGAAAACUUGCCCGAAGAUGUGCAGCGAUAUCUGUCGCGUAUCCGCGAGAUCGACGUGCUCUACCGGGGCCACCUGCAGGACGUGGAAGUAUACUGCGAGCAGUACAACACCAACCAGCCGCAGAACGGAACAGGCUCGGCGGCGGUGACCACUCUCGACGCUCCACCAACAGAUGGCGCGAAAGGAGGCACAAGCGAAGGCAGCACAUCAUCGUCCGAACAGAGCAGCGUCCUCAAGCGAGUGACCAAUCGGAUACAGAAGGGCCUGAUAGCGGCACAGGAGCUGGGCGACGAAAAGCUGCAAAUCAUCCAGCAGCUGCUGGACCUGAUCGACCACAAAACGCGCCAGCUCGAUCAGGACUUUUCGAACCUCGGCAACGAAUUCUUCGCCCGGCUCGAUUACGUCCGCGACGACAAGACGAUCGACGGUGGUCGAGAUGGAAACGGUUCCAGCUUCAUCGGUACCAUGAGUGGUUCGGCCAACAACGGCCACGGGCAGUACGGUGUGGCCGGCAACGGACCAGGCAUAGGUUCCAACAUGUCCGGAGGACCUGGUGGCGGUAACGGAAGCAGCGGGGGCAUCGGUUCCAGUGCGCAUAUUUUGCACGCAAGCAACGGAACAGGCGGAAUCGGCAGUGGUGUACUGGGCGGAGGAGGCAACGGCUCCGGAAUGUACGGUGGAAACAAUGGUGGUAACGGCGGGAGUUCCCUGGCCAACGAGCGAAGCUCGAAACGUGCGCGAAGGACGCGAAACGAACAGACCGGUGGAUCGGCGAACGGCUCCAACACGCCCAACUCCCUGUGUGGCGUCAGCCCGAUGGACAUCGAUCCCAUCGAGGGCAGUAUGGGAGGCAGUGGCAGUGGCAUGGGUGGUGGUGCUGGCCCUGGCGGGGGUUCCGGUAUCGGUGGCGUUGGAAAUAUUGGUUCCUCUGGUAAUGCUACUCUCGCCGGUGGCAACGGUGGAUCGAGUGGUGGCUUAAAGCAAGAUACGGGCAGCGGUGGAAUGCCGGGCAGUGGAGGCAUCGGAAGCGGUGCUGUCGGUGGAUCGGGCGGAUCAGGAAGCAGCCAUAAUAGUUUAAGCGGGUCAGGAUCCAGCCAAGCACAAGGCUCGAUGAUGGGAGGCAACGGUUCCAGGAAUGGAAACGGUGCCAGCGGUGUCGGCUCAGCGGGCGCUGGCAACGUCGGUGCUGGCAGUGGCAGUAGCGGUGGCAACGGGGGUGGUGGUAGUGGCGCCAGUGGAAGCAAUUCUCAGCUGAAUAGCUCGAACCAGGGCAGCAGCAAAAAGGGCACCGGAAGUAACAACGCCGGUAGCGGAGGUGGAACCGGUGGAGCAAACUCGGGCAAGAAGAAAAAACGAAAGACCGGUGGCCGAGGAUCGCAGGCGACACGGGAAGCGCGCGAGGAUACGCCAGCGGCCGAGGAAACGAUCGACCCAGACGAACCUACCUACUGUCUAUGCGAUCAGAUUUCCUUCGGCGAAAUGAUCCUCUGUGAUAACGAUCUCUGCCCGAUCGAAUGGUUCCACUUCAGCUGCGUUUCGCUCAUAUCGAAACCGAAAGGCCGGUGGUACUGCCCGAACUGCCGAGGGGAUCGACCGAACGUGAUGAAACCGAAGGCACAAUUCCUCAAGGAACUGGAACGCUACAAUAAGGAGAAGGAGGAGAAAACGUAAACCGGUGCGGGAUCACGACAAACGGGCAGGCCGCUGCCCCGUCUCCGAUCGUACUUCAUAAGAGCAAACACAACUUGGAAGAAUUUUGUUAUUGCGUGUUAUAAGUGUAGACAUUACCCUCCCAUUAAUUUCUAACAACCUUCGACGUGACCCAGAGUUCGAUGCGCAGAUAGGGUUAUUAUUAUUUUUUUAUUAUUUUAAUUGUUUGCAUCUACGUUUAAUGAUUUUAUUCCUUGAGGGAACCCCACACCCGCGCACACUGUGUCAGCCAGGUGGAUCACUAUCACUGUUGGAUGCGAUCCGGUGAGGGAAUGAGGGGGGAGUCGUGGAUCGCUGCACGAAAAGCGCGAGAGCGCUUUUACGCGAUUCACGUGCUCUCCAUUUACACUACCCGCCGUCAAUAUUUUCUCCCCUGCAGAUCGAACGUCGCAAGGAAGCGUACUACAUUUAAGAAAACGAAACAUAAACCCUAUAUUUAUGACCUGGAAGCAUGCGGCAAUGUUUAGCAACAGGGAGAUAAUAAAGCAUUUUUUGCAGACGAUGAUACAAGGUAAAUUUUACCAAUCG